AUGGAUCGUCGACUCCACGAGGCAUUGGUAAACGGUGACAUUUCACUCCUUCACAGCCUAAUCGAGAAAGAUGAAAACAUCAUAAAACAAACAGUCCCAGGAUCGCUGCACACCGGACUGCACUUGGCUGCAAGAUUUGGGUAUGAAGAAUUGGCAUCCAAGAUCAUAAAACUGUGUCCAGAGAUGGUUUCAGGGGAAAAUGAAGAGCUGGAAACACCUUUGCACGAAGCAUGCAGAGAAGGGCAUUUGGAAAUCAUCAAACUAUUGCUGGAAAGUGAUAGUUCGAUCAUUUACAAAGUGAAUUCUCUCGGCGAAAGCGCAUUUUUCGCAGCGUGUGAGAGAGGGAAGAUUGACGCAGUGAAGCAUCUGAUGAAUUUCCCUCGGCUGUUUAUGCUGGAAGUGGAUAUGUCGAACAGUUCACUUCAUGUUGCAGCUUCAUCUGGGCAUACAGAAAUAGUGAAGGAAAUACUGAGAGCACGCCCCGACUUUGCUCGGAAAAAGGAUUUUCAUGGAUACACACCACUGCACGUAGCAUGCAGCAAAGGCCAUUUAGAGAUAACAAGAGAAUUUCUAAAGCUGGAUUCAGAUCUUUCCUCUAUACAAGACAUUGAAGGCAAAACACCUCUUCAUUGUGCAGCAAUUAAAGGCAGAAUUAACAUAAUUGAUGAAAUAAUUUCUGCAAGUAUGGAAUCUGUUGAGAUUGUAACACACAAUAGGGAAACAAUUCUGCACUUGGCUGUCAAGAAUAAUCACUUUGAAACAAUUAGGUACUUAAUGGAAACACUUGACACUACAGAGCUUCUCAACUUGGCUGAUAGUAACGGAAAUACUAUUCUGCACUUGGCUACUGCUGGAAAACUCACCGGUAUGGUUGUAUACCUGCUUAAAUUUGGGAUGGAGGUUAAUGCUCUGAACUGCAAGGGAAAAACAGCUCUUGAUGUGAUUGAAGCAGAUGCAAGCAACUCUGGUGCUCUUGUGAUUGUACCAGCAUUACAAGAAGCCGGAGCGAAAAGACGCAAGCAAUUAUCUACUCAACUGCUAGACGUUCGACAAAAUGCCAGUUCCACUUCUAAAAGUUCAAGUGAAAAUGUUGCUAGGAUGAAUUCAUCGCCAAACAAGAACUUAGAAUCAACCCAUUCUCCCUAUUGUCGUCAUCACAGGCGAAAUCGACUACGCAAAAAGCUGCUUGAUCUUCACAAUGAGAGUCUACGAAAUGCUCGAAAUACCAUAACAAUAGUUGCAGUUCUAAUAGCAACUGUUACAUUUACUGCAGGCAUAAACCCUCCAGGAGGAUUCAAUCAACAAACUGGGAAUGCAGUUCUUGGAAGGCAAAUUUCAUUUAAGGUUUUUCUGGUAUGCAAUAUUGUGGCGUUGUUCCUUGCUGUUGGCAUUGUGAAUGUUCUUGUAAGCAUUAUCCCUUUUAAACGGAAAUCCAUGAUGAAAUUACUUACAAUAACUCACAAGAUAAUGUGGAUUUCUACACUGUUUAUGUCAUCAGCUUUUAUAGCAGCCAUUUGGUCAACAAUGCCAAAGGGAAAAGGAAACAGAUUGGUAAAAGUGGAACUGGUAGUAAUAGGAGGUGGGUGCACAAUGAUUGUCUUUUGUGGGCUUGUAAUAAUGUUGGCAAUGCAUUGGCGAAAGAAGAACAAAUGGAGGAAAGAAAAAGAGAGAAGGGUAACAGAUGCAAGCUCGAGAAGUAAUGUCAGUGGGGUCGAAGAAUUGAAAAUAAUGAGAAAAAGUCUUGAGACAAGUAGUAACUCUGAUGUUGGUAGUUCUGAUUUUGGUUACCACCCCUAUUAG